AUGGCUGUCCCGGCAUCCUCAUUCCCGACCAGUCCUCCUCGCAUCGCCAUUGUAGGCGGCGGGAUUGGCGGUCUCACCUUUCUUCUGGGUCUUCUUGAGCACACCUCUGGAGGGCAUAUCUACCCUUAUCUCUACGAAACAGCCCCUGUAUUCGGCGAGAUAGGUGCUAGCGUGACAUUUGGCUCGAACUCAAUCAGGGCCAUGGAGUUGCUCAAGCUAGGCAUCGCCGCCGCCUAUCAGAAGCAUGCUACGUUUCAUCCUGAUGACUCUGCUCAGAACAGGAAGGUAUGGUCGAACUAA